AUGACGGGACCACCAAAUAAACGGCAGAAACGAGAAGAUUAUAAAAGAGCCCAAGAGAGCUUCAAAGCUGCAAGUGAUGGCGCUGGCAGCGGCAAGAUCGAGCUGCCCAAGAAAAAGUUCUAUCGGCAACGCGCCCACGCAAAUCCUUUCUCGGACCAUGCCUUGACGUAUCCGGCCAGCCCUGCCGACAUGGACUGGACGAGCCAUUACCCUGCUUUCGCAAACGGCGGAGCAGCGAAUGGUAAACACCACGCCAUGAGCAGGGAAGUUCAGAUCGCGGAUAUCGGCUGCGGAUUCGGCGGGCUUCUGGUGGCUCUAGCGCCUUUGUUCCCAGAGAUCUUGAUGCUCGGGAUGGAGUUGCGAACUCAAGUCACCGACUAUGUAGUUGACCGAAUAGCUGCUCUCCGCGCUCAAAACCAGCCUCCGUCUGACACAAAGGAAGGCCAAAUUGGGCUCUAUCAGAACAUUUCGGCGCUUCGCACAAACACGAUGAAGUUUCUCCCAAACUACUUCCGCCGCGCUCAGCUUUCUAAGAUAUUCCUCUGCUUCCCAGAUCCGCACUUCAAACAGCGGAAGCACAAGGCUCGAAUCGUUUCUGCCCAGCUGAACGCCGAAUAUGGAUUUGUGACAAAGCCCGGUGGUCUGGUGUAUACCAUUACGGACGUUGAAGAGCUGCAUCAGUGGAUGGUCAAGCACUUUGAGGGUGAGGAAGCAGGUAACGCAAAGGAACUGUGGAAAAGAGUAACGCAAGAGGAUCUGGACGCAGAUCCCUGCGUCAAGGUCAUGAGCGAGGAAACGGAGGAGUCCAAAAAAGUCACCAGAAAUGGCGGAAAGAAGUUUAUUGCUGUAUUUCAAAGAAAGGAGGAUCCUGAGUGGCCUGAUUGA